AGCAAUGGCUCUAACUGCACUUGACGUGGGAGAUAGUCGCACGCCAUGUGGGGAUACACGCCUUUCAUUUUCGUAAACUUGUUCCUCAGUACUUCGUCGUCUUCAUGCCUACCAGAUGCUGUGCCGGAGACCCUCAGGAAAAACCUGAUACAUUCGACUGGGCAAUCUUAUCCAGUUGGCCUGUGGGUGAAUGGCUGGGAAGCGGCCUAUGCAACCUCUGCCCUUGUCCAAGUUCUGAUGGAGGAGAAGAUGGGCUACAAUGUGACUCAGAAUGGCCCAGGUCCAGGAACACCAGAUGCCUUUUAUGCCUUGGCCGGCUGUGCAGCACCUACUGAUGUGAAUGACCGACAAUGUGGUGAUGGGCCUGAAAUUACCUACAACCAUGUGAGUCUUGAAGGAUGGACCGAGCUGUACACAACUACUUGGAACGACAUUCAGCGCGACUACCCGGCGACGGCUCCGUUGAAUCUUGGAAAUAUGGGUUACUUUGGAAAGAGCUCCAUGUAUCUCUCCUCAGAGGUGCUCAGCAAUGCUUAUGAGGCGAAUGGUUUGUCUCUGGAAUUCUACCGUAGUUACAAUAUUUCUUGGCAUGAUCCUUCGAAGUUCUUCGACAAAAUCAGCGAUGUGAACACUUCAUUGCUCAAGCCUUGUGGGGAAACAAGACUGAUGGAGUCUCAGGCCAUGCAGUACUAUGCGGAGCUCACGGGUGAUGACGACGGGGUUGUGACGGUGAAUGGAGAAGUCCAUGGCCGCUGUUGGGAAGGACACUUCUGGCUUCCUCCCUUUUGCCGAAACAACUACUCCAAAUGCCUGCUGUACUUCACUGGAGGCGCCGGUUGGAGCAUCGAGAUGACGAUGCAGAAGGCCACCUGGUGGCAGAUGCCGAUCGCUGCGGCCGUGGCGCGCGACUGGGCCGCCUUCGUGGCGCUCCCCACCCAGGUGAUGAGCACGUUCUACUGGUGGGUGCCUGAUCCAACCUUCUUGAGGCUUCAGCCCAAGGAGAUCGCCUUCCCACCCUUCGAUCGUGGAGCGUACAAGCGGGGCGAUCUACGCACCGCCACGCAGGAUCAGUCCAUUGACAAAUACGUGAGUCAUGACUUGGCGGUUUUGGCGCCCGAUCUGCAGGACUUCGUUGGAGCCUUGGUGCUGGAUUUGAACAUGGUGAACGAGAUCAUGCUGGACAAGCUGGAUUCAGGGGAGGACUAUCAUGACGUGGCCUGUCGCUGGCUGAAGAACCAUGAGACGGCGUGGACUGCGUGGCUUCCCGAUUCCACGAAGUGCUUCCCCCAGUUUGGCCUUUACUUGGAGCGCGCCAAGACCUUUGUGGACAGUCGUCAGGAUCCAACGGGCUUGACGUGUCGGGCUUGUGAAUCUGGAUACUAUUCAGCGCCCCUGAAUGAUGACCAAGGGCUCACUUAUAUUUGUGUGCCUUGUCCACUGGGGCAUGCGCAGCCUUCGGGAGCUGCCUUGGCAUGCGCGCCGUGUAACUCGGGGGAGUACCAGGAUGAAGAAGCAAGCACUUCGUGCAAGCGUUGUGCAAUCAGCACUUAUCAAGACCAAAAAGGCCAAGUGAGUUGUUUGCAAUGCCCCACCACCACCAGUACUGUCGGGCUAGGAUCAGUGUCGUUCGAUGAUUGUCGAUGUGAAGAGAAUAGCAUCAACACUGCAUCCCGUGGGAGUCCCUCCUGUGUCGCAUGCGGAGAAGGAUUGAACUGUCCCUUUGCUUCUGAUUUGGAAAGCCUCAAGACAGGUGUCUCGGACUUGGGCCCUCAGUUCGUGCCUGCCAUCAAGGAGGGCUACUACUCUUCGGCAGACGCCGCCUUGGAGGUCUACAAAUGUGGAGUGAUCGACCAUUGCCCUGGUGGCCCACCGGGACAGUGCGCAGGAGGUCGAGAAGGGGCUCCCUGUGCCGAAUGUCCUUCUGGGAAGACCUGGUCCAAGCAGGAAUGUGUGGGCUGUGAUGCAGGGACCACUGCCUUGUGGUGGAUUGCAGUUGUUGGAGCUUUUCCAGUGUCUGCUGCGACUUACUACUUCAUGAAACCCAAGGGCUCACAGCUGACUGCAAGACAAACCGCGGCCGUGGCGUGUGGGAUGACCUUCAGUGGGCUUCAAGCAGUGGCGAUCCUUGGAAUGAUGACUGUGAAAUGGGCUGAAGCCUUUGGGGUUGCUUCAGGCUCUUUGCAGAUACUUGUUUUGGACGUCGAUGGGAUCUCCUUCUCGUGUAUUGCAGGCUCUAGCACAUGGGUUCGCUACGUUCUUAGCACCUUGGCCUUCCCCGUGCUAUGCAUUUGGCUUCGACUAUGCCUUUUUGCUUCUCAGUGGCUUCCCUGGGAGAUGCUGCGCUGGAAGAAGGUCAACAUGCAGAAUGUCCUGGGAAAUCUGUUGCAGAUGGCUUUUGGCACCAUGAGUGCCCUUGCGCUGCAACCUCUCAUGUGCUACACGCACCCCAAUGGCCUGCUCAGUCUCCUUCAGCAUCCCGGAGUCCUUUGCGGUUCGCCGGACCAUGGUGCCAUGACGGUGGCAGGCCUCGUGCUGCUGGUCGUCUUCGUGAUCGGCUUCUUGGUCUUGUGCAGCUAUGCCGCCUACAAGAUUCCAUACUGGAGCUGCAGGGGUUCCCGGAGUCUGGUUCAGUCCUUCUCAUUCUUGAUUGAUCGCUUUCGACUGGACCGCUAUUGGUACGGGGUUCCUUUGCUCGUCCGCGGACCGGCUCUUUCUUUGUGCGUGGUCUUUGCCACAGAUCAUCCACUUGCACAAUCAGCUCUUGCCGGGCUGAUUCUGUCCUUGUUUGUUCUGUUGCAGCGCAGAAUUGACCCUUUCAUAACUCGGGCUCAUCCCGUGAACCCACAUUCUGGCCGCGAGAAAGCUUCGUUGAAAGGACUUGCGCGAUCCUUUUUCCCUGGCAGCUGGCCUGCAACAUCGGUUGUUGAGUCGCCGACAGCUCACCACUCAAGUUGUGGCCAUAUGCCGUAUGGGGGGCAGGGGCGCGAGCGGCACGGCCAGCAUGGCUCGGUGCCUCGUCGCCAGGACCUUGGCGCGUCCAUGGAAGGCGCCGGCCUUGAACUUUCUGGAUCUUUGCUUCGGCCUCUUUCUGCAGCAGGUGGCCUCAGGGACAGCCAUCCAGGCAGGCUCGUCCAGUGAAGAUGUGGAAGCCUUUGCCCAAACCUUCUCUGUGCUCUUGAUGAGCUGUAUGGCUUUGGCAUUGUUUUUGGUGGGCACGGGCUUGUUCAUGGCGGUCAUCCAGCAGGUCAGGGGGGUUGAGACGAGCAUUUUCUUGACCUUGGGCUAUGGUGGACCCAUGGACUUGGCCAAACGAGUGCAAGAGGUGGCAAAGAAGCUCGAAGAGAUUGAUCAUGAAAGGCUCCAGCAGCGCUUUCAAACAUUGAACCCCUAUGACGCUCAUCACAUUCAUAGAUUUGUCAGCCUGAUGGCUCUGGAGGUGGUCUUCACUUCCACUCAAAGCACUGACCUCUCGUCCCGUGUGGCCUCUCGCUCCUUCAGCCGCCUCUCCCAGGCUCCGGGGAACCUCGGCCCGGUGCCCGCGCUUGGCGAGGUCUCCGGCGAGGAGGAUGACGCAGCGGUGGCUUCAGCAGGGAUGCCGGAAGAUGAGUCGAAGCUGAGCGAGGAGGAACCUGAAGACCCUCCUACCCCCAUGGAGAACGUGAAAAUUGAACUCUGAGAUGAUGGAACUCUGCGAAAAGCGUCAGGAUUUGUCUAAGCCUGGCUUAGACUAAGCCCAGAGCCACCGCUCGAAAUGGGCAACUUUGAUAAUGUUUUCCCACUCACAGGUGCGCGGAAUUGUCCUGAUCAAAGAUCUUUACGCCUGGGUGCCUGACCUGAAUUGACUCAAUGAGCCAAUUUUUCCGACAUGGCGGGCGCCUACAGCGCAAGUCUCUGCAGGCUUGAUGUCUCAGACAUCCGUUUCCCCCCACUGUAUUCUUCAACGCAUUGUGGCAUUGUGGUCCACAGAGCUGGACCCACCUUUAUUUGUCGUCGUCGGCUCAUGAGGUCAAAACAGAGGUACCGCUCCCCUCAAAAGACCAUCGUCAUUUAGCAUUUAGCAGUCAAUUUGAUCUCGUUUGGCCCGUCUGGCAGAUUGAGACUCUUUACUGCCAGGAGUGCAUAGAUAUGCCGUAUCAUCCCUUCACGACGUCCGUUCUCAGCGCACCUUGGUGCUGGUGGACCGAAGUCAAGACCAUUUUAUGGCCCCAAAAAAAUCGCACGGGCUGCGACCUUGCUGGUGCGCACACAUGUGGGCUUGGGAGAGACACCGAAAGCUGAAAUCGAUGAACGUCAAGCGCAGCCGCGGUCAUGACUCACGUGCAUGACCUGGCCUAGCUCACGUUUUGAGAGAGGAUCAAGAUUCGCAUCGUUCUGCUUCUCAAUGAUUACAUCCCAGGGCACAAACAAUGUAGCCGGGUGGUUGACUUUGGUGUUGCAUGAUGUAUGAUGCUGUAUGUUUCUUCUGGGUUAUGCUUUUCGUGGUUGGUGGAACUGCUUUGCUUUGCCAGUUGUUUGACAAAUUCAAAAAACCACUGCAUUUGUAAGAGUUAUGAUGUAAUGUUUUUCUUUGUGCUUGUCACACUGCAUGUUCUAUGUGCAAUGGAGACUCUCGUUGGCUUGCAGCUUGGUGAGUUUUGGUGCCUGAGAUGGGGCCAGUAUCUCAUUUCUCGAAUAUUUGCAUGUUAAGCUUGCCAUCCUCCUCGCGUGUGAGGCGCAGUGUAGCUGCGUAGCUCAUCAGUGACUGAGCGCAGGUGAGCCAAUCUUUCUUUGCUUAACUGAGCAGGCUCAAAAAUUGGGCUAGUUCGACAACUUCCUCCUAAUCCUAAGGGUUGACUGGCUGCCGGCCACAGUUUCUAUUCUUUGACAGUUGCGUCUUUCAAGAGAGCAAAUGUUCGUUUCUGCUUUAGUUAUGUAAGUGCAUGUUUGGCGAAGCUUUGAGUUCAUGGCUGAUUGAUCCUAUUGCUUGGCCCAAGUUCUUUUUAAUUGGAACACCGGGGAAAGCUGAAACAGGCUAGUCAUGAGCCGAGUUGGUGCUGC